UUUUAAGCUUCUCGAGCUUCUUAUUAGGCUCUUUAGGCUGGUCCGAAUUCCAAAUUGACUCCUUAUAACUUAUCAUUGCUCCUUCUAAUAGGUAAGAAGAGAAAAGACAGUACUUGUUCGAUGCCAUUAUGGCAUUAUCAAGCCAAUUGACGGCUCUGCUGUCAAUUCUUCUUCUUUCCUUAUUCCCUAAUUUGUCGGUAUGUGAGGCUCAAGAUGAAGGAGUCCUCAACGCCGAGAUUGGUCGUCUGAACAACCAAAGCCUAUUAUGGGGUCCUUAUCGUCCAAACUUGUAUUUUGGCGUUCGACCUAGAAUCCCAAAAAGUGUGACGACUGGUCUCUUAUGGGCAAAAGUUGAUAACUAUGUCGAUGUUCAGAACAGUUUCCGGUACACAUGUGAGCAAAAUGAGGGAAUGGCAGGUUAUGGAUGGGAUGAGUAUGAUACUCGAAAAGGUGGCGUCCAGCAUAUUCGUGAUGCUGGGAACAGAAUCGAUAUCACCACUGAAUUUGUGAAAAUUCCUGGUGGUGGCCAUGGCGGAAGCUGGGCUGCCCGCAUCAAGGGUGAGCCUCGAGAGGAUGCGCCCCCUGAUCUCAAAACUACCGUGUUAUUCUACGUUGCCUCUGAGGCUCUCGGCGACACUGUUGAGAUUGGCAAUAGCGAUGAGAACGGAUUCGAAGGCGAUGUGCCGUUUUUGGGUCAAUCCCAAUCUCUUGGGGACUUUAAGUUAGUCGUUACUAAGGGUAAGGGUGAGCACCCCAGCAGCGCUCACCCCAUAUCGGGUAAAAGAGACCUCGAGAAGACUACAGUUCAAUCGUUAAGUGUACCCGAGGAGCACUUAUGGCAGGCUAAGCAGUUAUUAUUCCAACAACUUAAGGCCGGCGUGGAUGAGAUUAUUCAGGAAUACGGCGCCGACAACGCACCUCCUCCUUGGCAAGUCUACCAACUCGCACACAAACCAAACCCUGGAAACAUACAUCUUGUUCAGAAGAUUUUCGAAGGACCUUUCGAAUUUGAUAUUCUGUUCUCGAGCGGUUCUGCUGGUGCGGAAAUUACGAGUGAGGACUUGACUCGAGAGAUCAAGUCAACAACUGAAUCUUUCAAUGAGCGCUUUGCGGAUGUCUUUGCUCCCCAGGCCCCAUUCAAUGAUGACAAGUAUCGCAAGUUUGGACGGAGCAUGCUCUCCAACCUUGCAGGAGGUAUAGGAUAUUUCUACGGGAAACAUGUUGUCGAUCGGUCAUAUGCCUCCGAGUACGAUGAAGAAAAUGAGGGCUUCUGGGAGGAAACCGCAGAAGCUCGCGCUCGCAGGCAGGAACAGCUUGAGGGUCCGUUUGAGCUGUUCUCUAGUAUUCCAUCCAGACCCUUCUUCCCUCGUGGAUUCCUGUGGGAUGAAGGUUUCCACCUUCUCCCAAUUUCUGACUGGGACAUUGAUCUUACUCUUGAAGUCGUGAAAAGCUGGUAUAACCUGAUGGACGAAGAUGGUUGGAUUGCUCGAGAGCAGAUUCUGGGUGACGAGGCUCGAAGCAAGGUGCCGGCCGAGUUCCAAGUUCAGUAUCCACACUAUGCCAACCCUCCGACGUUGUACCUCGUCCUCGAGGCCUUCACGGAGAAGUUAAUGAAGACGAACGGAAGCCAGACUACAGGUAAAGAACAUCUGUCACUAGACACUGUCCUUGAGAGCGCGCAUGUAGACAACCCUGAAUUAGGUAUCGAGUAUCUUCGCAGUCUAUACCCUCUGCUCCGACGUCAAUUCUUGUGGUUCAAGAAGACCCAAUCCGGCGACAUCAAAGGAUAUGACCGAGAAGCGUAUUCGAAUAAAGAGGCUUACCGAUGGCGCGGACGAUCCGUUCAACACAUUCUAACGAGCGGUCUUGACGAUUACCCUCGACCUCAACCUCCUCACCCCGGCGAGCUGCACGUGGACUUGAUGUCUUGGAUGGGUUUGUCGGCUAAAGUACUAGCGAAGAUUGCGGAUUUCGUCGGUCUUCCUGAAGAUGUGCAGGAGUACAACAAAGCGUUCGACGGUAUCUCUCACAACCUAGUAGAUCUACACUGGUCUGAGUCCGCUGGCGCCUUCUGUGAUGCUACUAUCGACGAUUUCGAGGAACAUACCUUAGUCUGCCACAAGGGCUACAUCUCUCUAUUCCCGUUCUUGCUAGGUCUACUAGAGCCUAACGACCCUAAGCUUGGCAAAGUUCUUGACCUGCUAGGAGAUGAGGAGGAGCUUUUCAGCCCCCACGGCAUCAGGAGCUUGAGCAAGAAGUCCGAGUUCUACGGUACAGAUGAGAACUACUGGAGGAGCCCCGUGUGGAUCAACAUGAACUACCUCGCUAUCAUCCAACUCCGAAAUUACGUCCUCAACCCAGGCCCCCACUCCGCAAAAGCCAAGGACCUAUACGUCAAACUACGCAAGAACGUAGUCGAGACCGUGUACAACAGCUGGGAGGAGACGGGCUUCGCGUGGGAGCAGUACAACCCCGAGACCGGCAAGGGCCAGCGCACCCAGCACUUCACCGGAUGGACUAGUCUCGUAGUCAAAGUCAUGGCUUUGGAUGAUCUGAGCUGGUGGACUGAGGGCAGCUAUGAGAGUCAUGAACGAGACGAGUUGUAGAUGUGUAGACAUAGUCUACCAUUAUGAGACCGGGCUGACUAAGCCGAAUGCGAAUGUUGAGAAGUUUAAAUAGCCAAUUUUACAUUGACUAGAGCAGAAACGACACAAAUGAUAAAUGAUCUCCACCACGUUCAAGAAGAA